AUGGAAAGUAGUUUUGUGAUCACGUGACUCGCGAAAGGGUCAGUCAAUUCUUCUUACUGGGACACUUCCGCUUUGAAAUGACGGUGCCAGGCUGAAUCCCUCAAGGAACCGACCUCAACAUCAAACCUUCUGAGGAAAAAAACGUUUGGUGACGCACAGACGAGAGGAUUUACGAGUUUAUCUGAACGCUCCUCGCUGGUUUUAAGGGUGCAGAGCCCCCACGGCCAUCAGCAACAUGGGACAGCUCUUCAGAAGUGAAGAGAUGACGCUGGCUCAGCUCUUCCUGCAGUCAGAGGCUGCCUACUGUUGUGUCAGCGAGCUGGGAGAGAUCGGGAUGGUUCAGUUCCGCGAUUUAAAUCCUGACGUAAAUGUGUUCCAACGGAAGUUUGUGAAUGAAGUGCGGCGAUGCGAGGAGAUGGACCGUAAACUGAGAUUUGUCGAAAAGGAAAUUAAGAAGGCAAACCUCGCAAUUCUCGACACAGGAGAGAACCCGGAAGUCCCUUUUCCCAGAGACAUGAUCGACCUGGAGGCGACUUUUGAGAAGCUGGAGAAUGAGCUGAAAGAAAUCAACACAAACCAAGAGGCGCUGAAGAAGAACUUCCUGGAACUGACCGAGCUGAAGCACAUUUUGCGUCGGACUCAGCAGUUUUUUGACGAGAUGGAGGAUCCCAGUUUACUUGAGGAGUCUUCCACUUUUCUGGAUCCCAAUGAGCCCAUCAGAGCAGCUCCACAAAGAUUAGGGUUUGUGGCAGGAGUCAUUGGAAGGGAACGGAUCCCAACAUUUGAGAGGAUGCUGUGGAGAGUUUGCAGAGGAAAUGUGUUCCUACGGCAGGCAGACAUCGAAGAUCCUCUGGAGGACCCAACCACCGGAGACCAGGUCCACAAGUCUGUCUUCAUCAUCUUUUUCCAAGGAGACCAACUGAAGAACCGGGUCAAGAAAAUCUGUGAGGGAUUUAGAGCAACACUGUACCCGUGUCCAGAAACCCCCCAGGAGAGGAAGGAGAUGCUGGCAGGAGUGAACGCUCGCAUCGAUGACCUGCAGAUGGUGUUGAACCAGACGGAGGAUCACAGGCAGAGAGUCCUGCAGGCAGCAGCUAAAACAGUGAGAGUUUGGUUCAUCAAAGUGAGGAAGAUGAAGGCCAUCUACCACACCCUCAACCUCUGUAACAUAGACGUCACUCAGAAAUGUCUGAUCGCCGAGGUCUGGUGUCCGGUGUCGGACAUGGACUCCAUCCAGUUUGCUCUGCGCAGGGGGACCGAGAAGAGUGGCUCCACUGUGCCUUCCAUCCUCAACAGCAUGCAGACCAAACAGACGCCACCCACAUACAACAAGACCAACAAAUUCACCUCAGGCUUUCAAAACAUCGUUGAUGCCUAUGGAAUCGGCAGCUACCGCGAGAUCAACCCAGCACCAUAUACCAUCAUCACCUUCCCCUUCCUAUUUGCUGUCAUGUUUGGGGACCUGGGCCACGGGGCUCUCAUGACCGCCGCUGCUCUGUACCUUGUGUUGAGAGAGAGCAGGCUCAUGGCGCAGAAGAAUGAUAAUGAGAUUUUCACCAUGGUGUUCGCUGGGCGCUACAUCAUUCUGCUCAUGGGAAUCUUCUCCAUGUACACCGGCCUUAUCUACAAUGACUGCUUCUCAAAGGCCCUGAACAUCUUUGGCUCUGGUUGGAGCGUCAGACCCAUGUUUGGUGAACGAGGCGCCAACUGGUCGUUUACUACACUGUCUGAAAACCACGUAUUGCAGUUGGACCCGGCAGUAGAUGGAGUGUUUAAGGGACCGUACCCCAUCGGCAUCGAUCCUAUUUGGAGUAUUUCCAUCAAUAAGCUGACAUUCUUGAAUUCCUUCAAGAUGAAGAUGUCAGUAAUCUUGGGUGUGAUCCACAUGCUGUUUGGAGUCUCCCUCAGCCUUUUCAACCACCUGUAUUUCAAAAAGCCCCUAAAUAUCUAUUUAGGGUUCAUCCCAGAGAUAGUCUUCAUGUCCUGUCUGUUUGGUUACUUGGUCAUUCUCAUCUUCUUCAAAUGGGUUUCUUUUGAUGCCCGCACCUCCAAGGACGCUCCAAGCCUCCUGAUUGCCUUCAUAAACAUGUUCCUCUUCCAGUACAGUGACCCCAGUAACAAGCCUCUGUACAGGGGACAGAUGGGUCUACAGAUAUUUCUGGUGAUCAUUGCCUUGGCGUGUGUUCCCUGUAUGUUAAUCGUAAAAACUCUGGUUCUGAGGAGACAGUAUUUGUGGCAGAAACAUUUGGGUACGCAGAACUUUGGGGGAAUCAGGGUGAGCAAUGGUCCCACUGAGGACGAGGCGGGAAUCAUUCAGCACGACCAUCUGGCCCCACAGACGGAGGACGACCCUGAGACUUGCCUUUUGUCACCUGCUUUCAAGGAGCAUGAAGAGGAAGAGCAGUUUAACUUCACGGAUGUGGCGGUGCAUCAGGCCAUUCACACCAUCGAGUACUGCCUGGGCUGCAUCUCCAACACGGCUUCCUAUCUGAGGCUUUGGGCGCUCAGUUUGGCUCACGCACAGCUGUCGGAGGUGCUGUGGUCGAUGGUGAUGCGCAUUGGCCUUUCUUCUAGAAGCUUCGGAGGCUUCAUCCUGCUGGCCCUCAUCUUUUUUUUCUUUGCUGUUCUCACUGUGGCCAUUCUUCUCAUUAUGGAGGGUCUGUCGGCCUUCCUGCACGCACUCCGACUGCACUGGGUGGAGUUUCAAAACAAGUUUUAUGGUGGUCAAGGUUUCAAAUUCCUCCCUUUCACAUUUGAAAGUAUCCUGGACGGAAGAUUUGAAGAAUGAAAUCACUUUUUCUUUUUUUCUGUGAAUGUCUUUAGUCUCCAAAUUCUGUUCUGUUCUGUAGUUGGAAUUGUUUUCAUUGGUUUUUGUGUGCAUCAAUGUUUCCACCUGUCCCAGCGUUGCCAUAGCAAAAUGACUUCCCGACUUCCAGUGAGAGCUGGUUUGACUCCCAUAAUUCAGUCUAUUUCCUGAAAUUUAUUUCUUUGUUUAUAUUAUAUAUUUUGUCAAAACAGAAUUUCAGUUUAUAUCUGGGUAAGAAAGGCGUUUGCUAACCAUAAAAUGAAAAUAAGGGCAGAUUCAUUUAGUGAACUUCAUGCUGCAUCCUUCUUGUUCUUUAUAUGUCUUAUUUGUGAAGCUCACGUGUUUAGUCUAAAUAACCCCAAAUGAAGGCCGCACAAUGACCUUAAACGCAGCACUAUUAAGCUUAAACGCAUUAAAGCUCCGUUAGUCUGAACGUCGGGCAUUUUCUUUUUGUGCCCCAACACAAAUAAACUUCAUGUUUGUUGUCAUAGAAACCUCUUAGGUUGUGUUUUCUGUAGAAAAAUGAGGGGAAUCUGUGUGUGUGGAUGAAUAUGUGCAUAUUCUAUAACAAACGGUCAUAUCCAUAUCAUCUUCCUUUCAAGUGCUGCAUUUGUGACCUUGCUAUUUAAAGGGAGCUAUGAGAAGUGGCAGUGAUUUGUCGGCGCAUGUUUACCAUUCAAUCAAUCAAGCAUUUAUUCAUGAAUUAAAUGGGAAAGGCUGGUAGACGUU